AUGGAGAUUCCCCCGGCAUCCAAGCUCGGUGAGACCUUCGUGUUUGACGAUGGGUUAGAGAUGCAACAAGGACUUUUCCCGGAGGAGGAUCUAGGGGACUCAUUUCUCCAGGAAAGAGGUUUAGAGCAAAUGGCUGUUAUUUAUAAGGAGAUCCCUCUUGGGGAGCCAAACGAGGAACAUGAUGAUUACGAGGGGAAUUUCAGUCUGUGCUCAAGCCCUGAUGGGCAUCAGAGCAUCCCCCAAGGGAACAAACCCCAGGACGAUGACAUAUUUGCCCAGACCUUCCUCCAGAAGUCAGACCUCAGUCUGUGUGAGUUCAUCCAUGGCGGAGAAGAGCCCAGCAAACAGGACUAUGAGCUCGCGGGCAGGGAGGACUCGGGGCCCAACGAACCUCUCAGGACUGCACAGCCACCGAAACCCUACGUGUGCCGGGAAUGUGGGAAGGCCUUCAGCCAGAGCUCACACCUGCUCAGGCACCUGGUGAUCCACACCGGGGAGAAGCCCUACGAGUGCUGCGAGUGCGGGAAGGCCUUCAGCCAGAGCUCGCACCUUCUCAGACAUCAGAUAAUCCACACGGGGGAAAAGCCCUACGAGUGCCCGGAAUGUGGGAAAGCCUUCCGCCAGAGCUCGGCCCUCACACAGCAUCAGAAAACCCACACUGGGAAGAGACCCUACGAAUGCAGGGAAUGCGGGAAAGACUUCAGCCGGAGCUCCAGUCUGAGAAAACACGAGAGAAUUCACACCGGGGAAAAACCUUACCAGUGUAAGGAAUGCGGGAAAUCCUUCAACCAGAGCUCGGGCCUGAGCCAGCACCGGAAAAUCCACACCCUAAAGAAACCUCACCAGUGCGAGCUGUGCGGGAAGGCCUUUUGCCACCGGUCCCACCUCAUUCGGCACCAGAGGGUUCACACGGGGAAGAAGCCGUACGCGUGUGAGGAGUGCGGGAAGGCCUUCAGCCAGAGCUCCAACCUCAUCGAGCAUCGCAAGACCCACACGGGCGAGAAGCCCUACAAGUGCCAUAAGUGCGGGAAAGCCUUCAGCCAGAGCUCCUCCCUCAUCGAGCACCAGCGGAUCCACACCGGGGAGAAGCCGUACGAGUGCGGCCAGUGCGGGAAGGCCUUCUGCCACAGCUCCGCCCUCAUCCAGCACCAGAGGAUCCACACCGGGAGGAAGCCCUACGCGUGCAACGAGUGCGGCAAAGCCUUCCGGCACAGGUCGGCCCUCAUCGAACACUAUAAGACCCACACCAGAGAGAAACCCUACGAGUGCAACAAAUGUGGCAAGUCCUUCCGGGGGAGUUCACACCUCAUCCGGCACCAGAAAGUCCACGCUGGGGAGAAGCUCUAG